AAUACCUAAUAUCUUACGAAAAUAAAACAGACGUGAGACCCAUUUAUUGGGUAAUGUAAUGGUACGGAUGUGAGGAGGAGUGAUCACUGAUGAUCCAUUGACCGUUUCUUUCUUGCCAACCAACCAACCAUCCAAAGAAAUGUGUAACUGUCAUCAGCCAUGUUUUUCUCUCUUCCGCUUCUCUUUCUUUCCUGCCGUUUCUCUCCCCCCAAAGGAAAAAUUACCAAAACUUUCUUGGAAUUGUUUCAACAUCUUUCUGUCUAUGUUUUCCAAAAUCUGAUCAUUUCCCUUUCUUUUCUUUUUUUCUUUUUUUUUUUUGCUUAUGUUUUCAUUACUUCGAUCCGUUGAAUUCUUUUAGCAAUGGCAACACCAACGCCAACGCCAACGCCAACGCCAACAACACCAACCACGCAUCAGCAUCGGAAGACAAUGACGAUUGCAAACUGGGAUGGUUUAGGGAACGAUGAAGACGAUGACAAUUUCUUCGAAACCUUCAGUCGAAUCUCUGCAGCAGAUUCCCAUGACUUGGGGUCUUCAGGGUCUGAUGAAGAUUUUGAAGACAGCCGGAUGUCCUUUGCUUCUGCCGUAUCAUCGGCCUCCUCCAUUGGUGGCAUUCGUGGUUACAAUGCAGUCAAAGCCUCUUCAAUCAUGUUGGAGAACUAUGACAUGUGGAUGGAGGAGCCUGGCUCCAUCGAGGAUCGUCGCAGGCGGCUCCUUCAGGGUAUGGGGUUGUCAAGCAACAAAGACCUUCUCAAUGUCACCAGCACCAAGUUCAAGCACACUUCUUCAAAGAAAGUUGCCAAUGAACAACCACCUCCAAAGUCGAAGGUUGACUCGGCUCCCUCAGAAGAAUUAAAAUCAAAAUCAAAACCAGAACCUGAUCCUGAGCCAGAACCUUCAUCUUCUACGACAAUUGUGCUAGUCCGAUCAAGAUCAGAUGGCGAUAUCGAAUCAUCUUCUGUAAAUACCAAAAGAAGGAAAGAAGAAUUUAUUGGUGAUAUCUCAAAACAGCGCCUCACAAGAACAUCCUCGUCAUUAGUAACACCACAUGCUAGUAUGUGUGCCAAUUCCAUUGAAGUAUUACCAAACAGAACAAAAAACAGAUCAGUAAGUAAUGCUGAUGUGAUGUCAUCUGUAUUAUCGGACAGCCAGUUUAGUGCAUUCUUUUUGAUAAAGAAUUUGGACACCGGCAAGGAGUUCAUUGUUAAAGAGUACAACAAAGAUGGAAUGUGGAAUAGGCUCAGUGAUCUUCAGACAGGGAAGCAACUCACCAUGGAAGAAUUCGAGAAGAGUGUCGGCUAUUCCCCUGUUGUUAAGGAGCUGAUGCGUCGUGAAAAUGUUACAAGAAAUCUGGACGAUGGUCGGAAAAUGAGCACUAAUUCGUUUAGUAAGAGCUUUAGAAAUAGCAAGAGAAGGGGGGCUGCUUUCUUGAAGAACAUAAAGGGUGUGGCAAAUUCCAUGAGUGGAUCAAAAGCUGACAAAGAAAGAGAGCAUUCUACACCAGCUGAUCAGCAGCGAUCUAACAAGAAUUUGUCCUCCCAAUGGGUUAAAGUCCGUCAACAGGGGAAGCCCCACAAGGAAUUUACUGCUCUGCAUUUGUGUCAAGAAAUUCAAGCCCAUGAGGGAUCUAUUUGGACCAUUAGAUUCAGCUUGGACUCACGUUACCUUGCAAGUGCAGGAGAAGACCGGGUAAUUCAUGUCUGGGAAGUCCAAGAAUGUGAAGUGUCAACGAGAUCAUCCGAUGAUCUGAAUUCCACCAGUUCAAGCUCACUUUCUACCCUGGCGUGCAAUUCUCCAGAUAGGCCCCCUCUUGCAGAGAUUUCACCAAUGCCAUCAGAGAAAAGGAAAAAAGGGAAGGGUACAAAAAAAAAGGGCAACUCAAUUCCUGACUAUGUUUAUCUGCCAGAAACUGUAUUUUCGUUCUCAGAAAAACCAGUAUGCACCUUCACAGGUCAUCUGGAUGACGUCUUGGACCUGUCUUGGUCGAAAUCUCAGCUACUACUUUCAUCUUCAAUGGACAAGACAGUUAGGCUAUGGGACAUGGAAACAAAAAGCUGCUUAAAGUUGUUUGCACACAAUGAUUAUGUAACAUGUAUACAAUUCAAUCCAAUAGAUGAUGAUUAUUUCAUCAGUGGCUCACUUGAUGCAAAGGUCCGAAUUUGGAACAUACCUGAUCGACAUGUUGUGGACUGGACUGACCUUCAUGAGAUGGUUACUGCAGCUAGUUAUACUCCUGAUGGCCAGGGUGCCCUAAUUGGUUCACAUAAUGGGAAUUGUCGCUUGUACAGUACAGCUGAUUUCAAGCUAGAACAGAAGGAACAGAUUCACAUCCAAUUCAAGAAAAAGUCUCAAGCAAAAAAGAUCACCGGUUUCCAGUUCGUCCCAGGAAAUCCAUCUGAAGUGCUCAUUACUUCAGCUGAUUCCCGGAUUCGAAUCUUUGAUGGUUCAGACCUCGUUUAUAAGUUCAGAGGUUUUAGAAAUACUACCAGCCAAAUUUCGGCUACAUUCAGUCCAGAUGGAAAAUAUGUCGUAAGUGCAAGUGAAGAUUCCCAAGUAUGCAUCUGGAAGCGUGAAGAGCACCGAAACGUAGGCGCAGGGAAAAGCAGAGGUUUUGUCUCCACCCAAUCUCACGAAUUCUUCCAGUGUAGAGAUGUUUCCGUUGCAAUCGCAUGGCCAGGUAGCAUAAAAAAUGAGCCACCUACCAUAGAGGUGCAUUCUAAGAGGCACUCAAAACGAUCUAUUCCACAAGUAACUUCAAAUAUUGGAUCUCCUACCCAAGAAGACAAUUUGGGAGGUUCCAAUAGUAAAAGAAAUUUGCCACCUCUUCCCAAGAAAAAUAACGGUUUGGAGAAAGCUUCAAGUUGCAGGGACGAGGACCUUGCUCAAGCUUCUCGUGCAAACUCCGGGAUCGGAGUUGGCGAGUCCUUCGAUUCAGCUUCUGCUUCACUUAGGUACGGCGAUUCACCGUCUAUUUCUGCUUCUGGAAAUCCUAGGUCGCAUUCUUGGUCUUCCUCUUGGUCUUUGUUUGAUGGUGGUAUUAACCAUGGAGGCCGUACCAUCCAAGCAACAGCAUGGGGAUUGGUGAUUGUAACAGCGGGGUUGGGAGGUGAAAUCAGGGCUUAUCAAAAUUUUGGGUUGCCAUUAAAGUUUGGUCGCCAGAUGAUCUCUUUAGAUUCCUCACGUAAAUAGUUUUGCACAUGUAAAAGAUGGGAGCGCAUUUUUAUUUUUCACCAACAAAGAAUCUGUUCCGGUUCAGAAUCUGUUCCCCUUGUCCUGGACGUGAUUGUGUAUGUAGUGGUAGAGUUCUUACAAAUGAGAGUUAGCUGGUGCAGUGAUAUGGAACACUAGGAGCUGUUUCUUCUAAGUAGUUUCUAUAUCGUAAAUGCCAAAGUUUCUUCUAUUCAGCUUAUAAUUCACUGAUCAUUUUCGCAUAUUGAGCAUUUUCAACCAAAUACGAGUGCAUGAAGAAAAUUUAUUGUGGUCAUCCAUCAUCCUGAUCUUA